UCUCUCUCUCUCUCUCUCUCUCUCUCUCACAUUCACAAUCGGAACGAUCUUUUCCGUCGCCGUCGCCGCCGCUUCUUUUUGUGUACACAAUGUCGUGCUUCAAAUCCAAAUUCGCCGAUGAGCUCAUCGCCAAUGCCGCUUACAUCGGUACUCCAGGGAAAGGUAUUCUCGCGGCAGAUGAAUCCACAGGGACAAUCGGAAAACGUUUCGCAAGCAUCAACGUGGAGAACGUUGAAUCAAACAGACGUGCUCUCCGUGAACUCUUGUUCACCACUCCCGGAGCUCUCCAAUACAUCAGUGGUAUCAUCCUCUUCGAGGAAACACUCUACCAGAAAACAGCUUCAGGGAAACCAUUUGUUGAUGUAAUGAAAGAAGCUGGAGUGCUUCCAGGUAUCAAAGUCGACAAAGGAACCGUCGAGAUCGCUGGUACAGACGGCGAAACCACAACCAUUGGCCUCGACGGACUCGGAGACCGUUGCAAGAAAUACUACGAAGCCGGUGCACGUUUCGCCAAGUGGCGUGCCGUUCUCAAAAUCGGAGCCAACGAGCCUUCCGAGUUAUCCAUCCACGAGAACGCUUACGGUCUAGCGAGAUACGCAGUCAUUUGCCAAGAGAACGGUCUCGUCCCCAUUGUCGAACCAGAGAUCCUUGUCGACGGAUCUCACGAUAUUGAGAAAUGUGCUUACGUCACAGAACGAGUCCUCGCAGCUUGUUACAAGGCUCUUAAUGAUCACCAUGUGAUCUUAGAAGGAACACUCUUAAAACCGAACAUGGUAACUCCAGGCUCCGACUGUAGCUCCAGGGCUAAACCAGAGGUGAUCGCAGAGCAUACAGUCCGUGCUUUACAACGGACUGUCCCUGCCGCGGUUCCAGCCGUUGUGUUCUUGUCUGGAGGACAGAGUGAGGAAGAAGCAACUGUGAACUUAAACGCCAUUAAUCAGCUCAAAGGUAAGAAACCAUGGAGCUUGACGUUUUCGUAUGGACGUGCGCUUCAGCAGAGUACGCUCAAGGCUUGGGGAGGUAAAGAGGAGAAUGUUGAAAAGGCUCAAAACGCGUUCUUGGCUCGAGCCAAGGCGAACUCUGAGGCAACGAUUGGUGCCUACAAGGGUGAUGCUCAGCUCGGUGAAGGUGCUUCCGAGAGCCUUCACGUCAAAGACUACAAAUACUAAAAGGUCUCCUUGGUUAUUUCCAUAUAUUUUUGCUGAUUUGGUUAUUUAUGUGGAUAUCGGUGUAAUUAUUUGUUUUUUGUUUUUUUAUUGGGGGUAUGUGAUAUUAGCCUGGGAUAUAAGUUCGUUUUUCUUUUCUCAUGGGGAAAUUUUGUUGUAAUAAUGAGUAAUCUUUGUAAAGUUAAUUAUUUUUAAAAAUUGUAUAAGUUACAUCUACUAAAUAUAAUUAUGGU